UUUAUUUGUUUUCAGAGGAAUUGAAAUUGGCUGCGGGGAUUUUGAAUAAAUGUUCCACAAUUCUAAGAAAACGUUGCAAUGACCUAAAUGUGAACGCUGAACCAGAUGAAUACACCUGGACAUCCGGGUUACCUGCUGGAAUGCAGGAGUUAAAUACCUGCGGUGGGCGGGGCUUAGAUGGGCUGUUAGAAACAACUGUCCGACCUUUGAGACUCCCACAGGCUGCAGAAACUCAACCGAACUCCGGCAUGGCCACGGACUUCACUCUGGACUCGGUUCUAGUUUUCCUGCAGAGCUGCGGGGGUUUGGUGAAAAACACCGAGCUGCUGCUCCACUUCAAGCCUUUUCUGCGGGACCAUCCGGAUGAGGUCCGGAACCGAGAACUCUUCAAGAAGUUCGUUAACUCCGUGGCAACUGUGACGAAGAUCGACGGAGUGUCCACCGUAGUCCUCAGGAAGAAGUUCAGAGGAUAUGUCUCCGGAGGAGGAUCGGGCAGAGACUCCGCGGAGCCCUGCCCUGUCGGAGCCGGCUCUUCCCCGGCGGUGAGCCUCGCCCAGCCGGGACACACUGAGAGGACAUCGGCCCUACCUACGGGAGGGAUCAUGGUGGCGAAGAACAACCUGGUGGAGACCAGUUCCAGCCCGCAGCAGAGGGAAAAGCUCAGUUCUGAACCUGUAGGUAGACCCGCUCAGGUAGGAAACGAGGUUCCAGAACUUCAUGAGACUCCUGCCGCUGAUCAGAGCAACAAACAGGGACAGAACAGGCGGGUAUCUGUCCCCAUUACUGGUGUUCCAGCUGUGAGACAUCAGAACUACAUCCCUGACCCAAUCAGAGGACAACAGAUCCCUCCUCAGGACCCCAUAUAUGAACCGAUCAGAGGACAUAUUAUCAACCGUCAGGACUGCACACCAGAACCUGCUAGAAGGCAGGAGAUCCCUCAUCAGGACCUAGCUCAUGUACCCAUUAGACGAGUUGACGCACCACAUCAGGAAAACAUUUCUGAACCCAUCAGGGGACAUAUUGUUAACCGUCAGGACAAUGUCUCAGACCCUGUCGGAAGGUGGGAUACCCCACAUCAGGGAACCAUCUCAGAACCCCUUAAAAGACAUAUCGUCAGCCGUCAGGACCAUGCCCCAGAACCGAUCAGAGGACAGCACAUCCCUCAUCAGAAUCCAGUCCCAGAUCCCCUUAGAGGACAGAAGACCUCUCAUCAGGACCGCAUUGUUGAACCCUUCAGAGGACACAUCAUCAACCGCCAGGAUCAUUUCCCAGGAACUGUCAGAGGACAGCAGAUCCGUUAUCAAAGUCCAUACCCACCAUCCAGCAGAGGAUGGGAUACCCCACAUCAGGAUCCCAUCCCCGGAUUGCUCAGAGGGAAUAUCAUCAGCCAUGUCCCAGAACGCAUCAGAGGACAGAAUAUUUCUUAUCAGGACCCCAGCAGAGAUGCCCUCAGAGGUUGGGAGAGCUCUCCUCCCAAUCCCAUACCCCAGUCACUCAGAGGACAGCAGGUCGCUCAGAAUCUAGAACCCCAGAGAGGACAGCAGAUUCCUUAUCAGGUCCCUGUCCCUCAAUCCAUCAGAGGACAGAAAAUCUCUUAUCAGGACCCCACAUCAGAGUUACUGAGAGGACAGCAGAUCCCUCAGAUUCCAGAUCCUCUCAGAGGACAACAGAUCCCUCAGAUUCCAGAUCUUCUCAGAGGACAGCAGAUCCCUCAGAAUGCAGAUCCUCUCAGAGGACAGCAGAUCCCUCAGAUUCCAGAUCCUCUCAGAGGACAACAGAUCCCUCAGAAUCCAGAUCCUCUCAGAGGACAGCAGAUCCCUCAGAUUCCAGAUCCUCUCAGAGGACAACAGAUCCCUCAGAAUCCAGAUCCUCUCAGAGGACAGCGGAUCCCUCAGAAUCUAGAACCCCCGAGAAGACCGCAGAUACCUCAGAAUCCAGAUCCUCUCAGAGGACAGCAGAUCCCUCAGAAUCCAGAACACCUCAGGGGAAGGAAGACUUCUUAUAAGGACCCUGUCUCAGAAACUGUCAGAGGACAGAACAUCUCUCAUCAGGACCACAUUCCAGAAUCACUCACGGGACAGCAGAUCCCUCAUCAGGACCCUGACCCAGAACCCCUCAGAGGACAUGAAGCCCCUCAUCAGGACGCUCCACCUCAGCUCCAUCAGAUUCCGGCCCGCCGCUUCAGACAGAGACAGAGCUACAAAUCGGCUGUCUCUCAGGAUGAAGACGAUGAAGAGAAUAAGGAGCCGGUCCCGAUCAAACAGGGCUCAGCAGGAGGACAGUGGCACCUGAAUACCCCUCUCAAUGACGUGGGGAGGGCCAGAGGACAGAACAUCUCUCAUCACGACCCCAUUCCAGAACCACUCAGGGGACAGCAGAUCCCUCAGCAGGGCCCUGACCCAGAACCACUUAGAGGACAUGAGCCCCCUCAACAAGACGCCCCUCUUCCGGUCCAUCAGAUUCCAGCCCGCCGCUUCAGACAGAGACAGAGCUACAAAUCGGCUGUCUCUCAGGAUGAAGACGAGGAUGUGGAGCAGGUCCCGAUCAAACGGGGCUCGGCGGGAGGACAGUGUCCCCUGAAUGACCCUCUCAGUGACAUGGGGAGGGCCAUUUCUGCCUCCUCACCCGGCAUCACAGACUCAACUUCUCCUACCUCCUCCUUUUCAGGGAAGAAGGUUCCUCAGAUUUACAUCCAGGACUCAGAUGUUAAAGUUCUGGCCUCUCAGGAGCCCUUGGAGUUCAGACCCAUUCUGGAACCUGGAUCGGUCCCGGAGGAGUCUUUGAGACGCAGUCUACCUUCAGAGGCACAGCGCUGCGUUCAGGGGCUGCAGUCUGAGCAUCACCUUGACAAACGUCCUGCUCAGGCCUUGGAGCCGGGGCCCAAUCAGAGCCAGAGGCUGUCAUCCAGUCAUAGCAGCGUCUUCAACCCUCCGUCUGAUAUGAGGUUCUUCAUCAAUGACCAGCCUUCAUCUGGCUCCUCCAGAAACUCAGGGUGGGACAGCAGCACCAGAGCAGAUGAACCUGUGGCUGCACUAGAAUCCCAGAAAGUUCUGCAGGAGUCCAAGAGAACAAAGAUAGAACCUGCGGCUCCUCGCUCCAUCAUGAAAACCCCGCUGCACCAGUCUAUGGGGAAUCUCUAUGACGACCAGCAGCCUUUGGGCCAGCUGUCCCCACUGUACCGCUCCAGUGACCAUCUCCAGGACGACGAGGAGUUCACAUCCAGAGGAACGUCCACAGAUGGUCUCUAUGACGAUGGGAAGUCCAGUGAUGGCUCCAUCUACUCCCUUCACGCGCAGCACCACCCAUCGGCAGCUCAGCGGAUGAGCAUCCGACUGAGGAGCCGGGUGUGCCGCAGCUUGGAAACCGACCUGGACCAGGAGGAUCCUGGUAGAGGAAUCCAGGCUGCCAGGCUGGAACGUCUGCACCGGAUCUCCUCCUCGCUCAGCCUUCCCCACAAACUGUCAUCCUCUUCCCUGUCAUCCUGUGCCACGCCGCCUCGCAGCCCCAGCCCCGUCGCUGGGAUGGAGGGGGAGGGGAGGAAGGAGGUCCGGAGGAGCUAUCAACCUCUCAAUGCCGGACAGUCGCCGGUUCCUCUGGAAGCCAAGGAGCAUGCCUGGAUGGUGAAGGGGGCAGCGGGCGCCUGGCCGGACAUCUACUCGCUGUUCAGGGAGGACACGUCGCUGCUCAACAGACAAGACUUCAUCACUGGCUUCACGGUGCUCCACUGGAUCGCCAAACACGGUGACUACCGAGUCCUCAACACUAUGGGGUAUGGAGUCCAAAAGAGUGGCCUGACCUUCAACGUGAACGCCAAGUCGACGGGCGGUCAGACUCCUCUCCACAUCGCCGCCAUCCAUGGUCACAAAAACAUAAUCCACUUACUGGUGAAGAGGUUCAGGGCUGACGUGAAGCUGAGGGACACGGCGGGGAAAAAGCCUUGGCAGUACCUGAGUGACAGAUCUCCUGAGAUCCUGCAGCUGCUGGGAGCGCCGCCUCGGGCUGCUCUCACUGAGGAAGUGGGGAGUGUUGAGCCCGGCUGGAAGCCUCCGAAGCCACGCCAGGGCCUGCGCCACCAUUUCUCCUCGGCCUCCUCCGGUCAGAGACCACUGACUGUGGCGCAGAUGGUUAAAGUCAGCAGAUCUUCAUCCGUGGCUCAGUUCUUCAAACAGAAAUCUCAGCAUCAGUUUUAGGAGCAUCACUUUGACUGUUGGAUUCAGCUUGUUGAACUCUGGAACUCGGCCGUUUUCCAGAACCGGUUUAUUAUCCCUGUAUUUUAACCCUCUCUGCCUCUCGAUGUGCAUUCAGCUGUUGUGCAACCAGACGUGUUCCUACCUGCCUUUCUUCACACGUAAGGCCUUCAGUUCUGGAUCUUCCGGCUCAAGCCGCCGGAUUUAUCGUUUUUUUGUUUUUGUUUUUUUUUGAUAAGAACAAAUUUGGGUUUGUAGCUUAAACAUCUGAGUAUCAAGACUCUAAAAAGCCUCUGUUGAUGAACAUUUCUACCUGACAUUUGAAUAUUAUUAAAAUCUGUUCAUUAAUUCCUGGGCAAACUUUGAUGUUUAAACACAUGAAAAAAUGCAGGAUAAGUCAGGAACUGACUUGUUUUUUUACAUUAAAAUUAUGUUCAAAGCUCUAUUCAUACAUUAAAGAAUCAGAUUUCAUUUAUUAAUGGAAUAAAUUUAUGCAAACCAAUA